UUUUUUUUGAACCAAACGACCGAGCUCUUGGCUCUUUGGCCAGCCCAACGAAGAAUGCAUUUUAUCUCCAACUGGCUUCUCCUUUAGAAAUCAUCAAUGGCAAACAACGAAGAAGAAGAGAGAAGUCUAGAGGAGCAGCUGGAGCUUCAGCUACAAGAACAGAACGACUCUCUCCGCGACCUCACCGAAGCCCUCUCUUCCGAUCCUUCCAAUAUCGAACUCCUAUCGGUUCAAGAAGAGCUUAUACAGUCUAUCAAAGAAGUGGAGGAAGGGCUACUUCACCUGAAACGCGCAAGAUUACUAAGAGAAGUUGAUAAUGCUAUACAAGGGUCCAAAAAUUUUUCUAAGGAUGCCAAGGUUGAGCCUCUUGAUCCAAAAGUUGUUGCAGUACAUCCCUUUCUGGAUCAAAAUUAUUCAGAUGUUGAAGCAGAACCGCAUGCGCCUGUGGAUCCAAAUUAUUCUGUUGGAUCAAAAUGUAGGUUCCGCUCUACUGAUGGACGAUGGUAUAAUGGAUUGAUUGUGCAGCUGGAGGGUUCUAAUUCUGCACUGGUUUCAUUCCUGACUCCCACAUCUGAAAGCAUGCUGAUGUGCAAGUUCUUUCUACAGCAGCGUUGUCGGUUUGGUAGUAGUUGCCGCUUAUCGCAUGGUAUUGAUGUCCCAAAAUCUUCCUUAAAGAAGUUUGUCCCUACUGUAUGGGGUCCAUCAAUGGUAGGGUCCAGUAUUUGGGCUCUGGCAGAUAGCAAGGUUGGCCUUUGGAGAGAAGCUGAACUGGAAUCUUGGGACGAGAAUCUCAAACUGGGGCGUGUUGUAUUCCGGGAUAAUGGAAGUUGUAUAAAACUUGGGGUGGAGUCUAUUUCUCUUUCUGAGUAUGCAGAGGUGAGUGAUGAAGAGGAGAGUUGUGCAGGUUCUGAGCAGUCUGAUUCUAGUGACUAUGAGGAGGAGGAUAGUCCACGAGGAUUGGGAUUUGUAGAAAGUACAAACCUGCAAAGUGGUGUCCAGACAGAGACUACACUUUUUGCUAAGUGGGAGAAUCACACCCGAGGCAUAGCUUCGAAGAUGAUGGCAAAUAUGGGGUACCAUGAAGGAAUGGGGUUAGGUGCUACUGGACAGGGGAUAUUGGAUCCUAUUUCUGUUAGAGUUCUACCAUCAAAACAAUCUCUUGACCAUGCUGUUGAAGGUCAGAAAAAUGAAGAAGCAAAAGAGCAUCAUGGAAAGAAACGGAGUAGGGGAGGAAAGAGGAAACGCGAGAAAAGGUUUGCAGAAGCAGCAAGGGCUGCUAAAGAGGAAGAGGAAUUGAAACCAGAUGUGUUCAGUCUUAUUAAUUCCCAGCUUGCAGUUCAUGCUGAAAGUUUAAAUGGGAGUUGGUCUUGUUCGAAGAAGCAUGAGAAUAAAGGAGAGUCAAAGAAAGAAGGAGGUAGGCGGGGUCUACUUGCUUAUGAAGAUGAGAUAAAAGAGUUGAGGAUGCGUGUGGAGAAACUGGAAGAGAUGGUGAAUAGGAACAGGAGAGAGAAAGUAGUUUUUGAAGCAGCUAUGAGGAAACUGAAUGAGACUCGGAAAGCUCUGAGUGAUGCUGAAGCUGCUCAUGCAUCUGCUUCGAGCGAAGUUGUGAAUAAGGAAAAGGAGAAGAGAUGGCUCAAGUUCUGAAAGAAUUGGUUGCAUCAGUGGCGUGGCUUGGCUUAUUUUGAUAUGGUAUAUGUAAGUGUAAGCAAGCGAAGCGAGGCUCAGCCACCCACCCACGGUGAAUUAGUUAGUAGGUUUAAGAUUAAGUUUGAUAGUUCACAUUAUUAUUAUUAUUAUUGUUAUUGUUGGUGAGAAUUGAAUUUGAUGAAUAGGAUAGGGAAUGUAAUGAAAACAGAGAAUAAAGAGAUGCUUUACCCUCGCAGGCAGGCAGGUAUGAGAUAUGCCUAUAUUCAGACUAAAGCAAAGCAAUACUUUUCUUGAUGGAGAGAUGAGAAGAAUCCCUCCCUGUCCCUGUCCCUGUCCCUGUGUAGUAUAACUAAACUAAACUUGCUAUUAUAGUUCAGAUAGAUCAGAGAGUGAAUGCAUUUUUUCAUUCCUACGAGUACGAGUGGAUAAUAUCUAUCAAUAAUAAUCUCCCCUCGCCUUUCUGAAUCCAAAGGCCACAACAAAUCAACAAUGAUAGACUGGGCUCCGGAGCUACUGGGAUUGAUUCUCUUCAUCCUACUCUCGCCGGGAGUAGUUUUUCAGUUACCGGGAAACCACCGACACGUGGAGUUCGGCAGCUUCGCCACCAACGGAAAAGCCGUCAUCGUUCACACUUUGAUUUUCUUCGUCGUCUUCACUAUACUCAUUUUGGCUCUUCGAGUGCGAAUUUUCUUUGGCAUGUGAUGUAAUGUCAAUCUUUUUCUUUUUCUAUUUCAAAUUUUAUUA